AUGAUGAUGAUGAAUUUGUGAUAGAAAAUUUAACGCCACAACAACAACAACAUCAGCAGUGAUUUACUGAUAUAAAUCUUUUUUCGUCAUCAUCAUCAUCAUCAACACAAAGAGGAUCAUCAUCAUUACCAUCUACAUCAACAACAUCAUCAUCAUCAUCAUCGUCGUAACUACUUAACGAUGUCUCAAAGAUACGACAGCGACAUGCAGCUGCCAAACACAACAUCGUCAACGACGCCAUCCAACAACAACAACAACAACACGCCGAAUCACAGCGACACAAACGACUACGACGCCUACAACAACAACAACAACAACAGCAACAACAACAACAACAAUAACAGCAAUGGCAACAACAACAUGUCUUUGAACAUGUACGAUCCGAGGGCGCUUUCGAACCACCACUCUCCCGCUCACUCGCUCUACCACACAAACACCAACACAAACUCCAACACGAACAACAGCAUGAAUCCAUAUAUCCCUAAUUACGGAUCCGGACUGGCUGGACCCCCAUCGACGCCCAUCCUCUCCAGUGAGAACCAGAUGAAGAGAGAUAAGGAUGCCGUAUAUGGCCACCCACUAUUUCCUCUGCUCGCCCUGAUAUUCGAGAAGUGUGAACUGGCCACCUGCACACCGAGAGAGCCGAGAAUAGCCGGCGGAGAUGUCUGCUCGUCCGAGUCUUUCAAUGAGGAUAUCAGAGUCUUCUCCAAUCAGACUAAAGCAGAGAAGCCAUUCUUUUCAGCGAAUCAUGAACUGGAUAGCUUGAUGGUCCAGGCGAUACAAGUACUGCGGUUUCAUUUGCUGGAGCUGGAGAAGGUUCACGAAUUGUGCGAUAAUUUCUGCCACCGAUACAUAAGUUGCUUAAAAGGUAAAAUGCCAAUAGACUUAGUGAUAGAAGACAGGGACACGAACAGCGUUCAAACGAUCAGUGGCAAGUUAGGAGGGGAUUACCAGGCAGAUAGGGGCACGCCACACGAUCAACGUCCGUCAUCCAUAAGCGGGAUGUCCAGUAACACACCGACGACAAACAACAACAGCAGCAGCAGCAACUUCCACCACCACAACAACAACAACCAUGAUGACGUGCAGUCGACGAGAAGCGACGACACGCCGGGACCGCACAGCCACUCCAACAACAACUCGCACAGUAUUGGCGACAACAACAGCGAAACCGGAGAUUGCCUGGACAACAGUGUGGGUUCGGGCGAUGGAACUGCAGACGAGGACCAAGAGAUGAACGGCAGCCUGGCGAAGCAGCAGAAGAAGAGGGGCAUCUUUCCGAAAAUUGCCACCAACAUCAUGAGAGCCUGGCUUUUUCAACAUUUAACGCAUCCCUACCCAUCUGAAGAUCAGAAAAAAGAGCUGGCAGAACAGAGCGGACUCACCUUAUCACAAGUCAACAACUGGUUCAUAAACGCGCGACGACGGAUUGUUCAGCCAAUGAUCGACCAGUCCAACAGAGCAGGACCAGUAAGUGCGUACAGUCCAGAAGCUGGAGCCAUGUACAUGGACAGCCAGCAGAUGAUGAGAGCGAUGCCAGGCAUGGCAGACAUCUACGGCAUGUCCCCAUCCUCCUACCCACAGAUGGGGGCACUCAGGGCUGCUCACCCCCAGGCGAUGCUGCUGCCGAGUCACCCGCACUACGGCAUGAUGAUGGGGGGGCACAUGGCCCACAUGCCCUCUAUGUACGGGCUCGCCAGCCCCCAAACUCCACCCAUUCACCCCAACAUCGAUCAGAUGGGCCACAUACAAGAUAUCCAUGCCGGAUGAGGGGGUGUGGUGAUGGCGCGCCGAUGUUGAUGGACAACACGGAGGUCGAACUGUAGGAAUCAUUAUUAAUAAAUAACAAUGUAAUAUAAACAUACAUUUGUACUCGUUUGUUCGCCAUUUCAAAUGUGUCUGUUUGUUUGUGUGUUCGUUCGUUUGUUUGUGCAUGCGAGUUACACAACAAUACCGCUAUGUAUGAGUGUAUUUAUUUAGCGUUGUGGUAUUGUGUUGUGUGUUUACCGUAUUAAGUGUGUACCGUGUGUGAUACGUUGCGUCAUUUUGUUAUUAUUACAAUUUAUAAAUGCUCUGUUCAUAUGUACAUAAACAUCGUUCACUUUAUUAAUGUUGUUGUUGUUCUUAUUAUUAUUUUUAUUAUUAUUCUUAUUAUUAUUGCAGUUAUGAUAGUUGUCAAUGUUUAUUUACUUUGUGUAUUUGUGCCGCCCCCGUCUCAAUCACGCAGUCGUUAACAAGAUAAGACGGCGUUUAUUUCCAUCACUUAAUGAUAAUAAUAACAAGAGUAAUAAUUAAUAAUAAUAAUUUUUGCUGUUAUUAUUAUUAAAUUCAUAAACACGAUAGAAUAAUGAUAACGAUUAUAAAUGAUCACCUCCCCACUGAACUUUUAAUUUCGUGGCACUAGACUCAAUUGAUUUUUAUGCAUAAUAAACAUUUUUUCUCAAUCAUCAUCAUCCUCUCUCAUCAUCAGCAGCAUCUUCUCUCUCUCUCUCAUCAUCAGCAGCAUCUUUCUUCUCUCUCUCUCUUCGUCACUAUCUCUUAUAGUUCCUGAAAUAUUAUUAUCUCGCUAAUUGUACUCGACUCCUCAACUCAACUCGUUCGUUGCACGUUCGACAGCAUCAGGGUGUUUUAACUUUCAUCAGCGCCACCUGUUCUUACUGACGUGCGUCAUAAUAAUGUUUAUUAUUUUAAUUAUAAUUAAUUAUAUUAUUUUAAUUAUAAUUAAUUUUAUUAUUUUCACAAUUAUUAAUUUUAUUAUUCUAUUAAACCUCAUUGUCCCGAUGCAGUUCACAUGAUUCAGUUCAAGUUUGUGCUGUGCUUAUGAUCAUUUUUUCUUUCUUAAACACCAUGAUCUGCUUUCAUUUAGUUUAGCACAAAAUUAUUAUUAUUAUUGUUGUUGUUGUUAAAAUUAUUAUUAAUAUUAUUAUUAUUAACGUGUUGGUGCGGAUUAUGACAUUCGAUGAUGACUAUGAUGAGUCAGUCGUUCGUGAUGAAUCCAGGAAGGGGCUCGCUGCAAAUGUUCGUCAACACAACGAUCCUCAAUAACGAAACUGAAAUAUUAUAUUAUAUAUAAUAUUAUUUAUUAUUAUCAUUUAUUAUUAUUAUUAUCAUUUAUUAUUAUUAUUCAAAUUUUUGUACGCCAUUCAGAACAUUAAAACUCCGUAUAUAAAUUUAAAAAAAUAUUUGAUUG